AGAGAGACAAACUAAUACAGUUUCGUGUAUUCGUUCAUAGGAGAAGAAGAAGAAGAAGAACAGAUCAAUACGAGGAGAGAUCUCCAGAGAGGUUUUUAACGAUCGUUUCUCAAGUUAAUUAGAAGGUUUAAUUCAAUUUUAACUAUGGGAUACUGGAACUCUAAGGUUGUUCCAAGAUUCAAGAAGCUGUUCGAGAAGAACAGUGCUAAGAAGGCUGCUGCUGCUGAAGCUUGCAAAACCUUUGAUGACUCUAAGGAAACAAUCAACAAGGAAAUUGAGGAGAAAAAGACAGAACUCCAACCAAAGGUCGUGGAAACCUAUGAGGCCACGUCUGCCGAAGUCAAGGCUUUGGUGAGAGACCCUAAGGAAGCUGGUUUGAAGAAAAACUCAGCGGCUGUGGUCAAGUAUCUCGACGAGCUUGUUAAAAUUGAGUUCCCCGGAGCACCGGCUGUGAGAGACGCUUCGUCUAGCUUCGGAGCUGGCUAUGUCGCAGGACCGGUCACCUUCUUAUUCGAGAAGAUAUGUGUGUUCCUCCCCGAGGAGGUGAAGACACGAGAAGUUGUGGUCGAGGAACCGGCAAAAACCGAAGAGCCAGCCAAAACCGAAGAACCGGUCAAGACCGAGGAACCAAGUGGUGAGAAAGAUAAGGAUAUUGUUGAAGAGACCGCUACAACCUCGGUCGUGGAAGAGAAGAAACCGGAGGUAGAGGAAACGAAGCCUGUUGAAGAAGUGAAGAAGGAAGGAGCUGCUCCGGCUCCGACGGUGGUUGAAACUCCGGUUAAGGACCCGGAAACGACGACGGCGCCAGCUGUGGUUGAACCACCAAAGCCUUGAUUUGUUUUCAAGAUGGUAUGUAUGAUUGCUAGCUUUCUCUUGUAUGAAAACAUCUUGUACGUAACCAAAAAAAAAAAAAAAAUCAAAGGCAAAAAAACUUAUUUUUCAUUCUUUUUUUUUUUUUUUUUAAUUUGGUUUGUCAUUGUGUGGAUAAAUCUCUCUGUUUAUUUUUUAUUUUUGGAAUGUGUUUUUAAAUUUAUA